UAAUACAGGCAACCCCUCAAAAAAGGCCUCGCCAGUUUCAACAACCGAAACAAAAGCAUCACAAAAGCCAGUUGAGAACAACCCAAUCUCUUUCAACCAAUCUUCGGCGCCAAUCCCCUAACCAGAUUAUGUUCCAUCCUCACUUCUAUUCCCUUCAAUCCACUUAAAAUCAUCUUCCCAGUUCUUUUUUUUUUCUUAGGAGAGGGAGAAAAUUUUUCUGCUUACAGAAUGUCACGCUCGAUCCCACCGCUGCCGCCUCCACAGCAGCAACCGCCGUUGAUCCACCACCAGCAUCCUUUACCCACGCAACUCAUCUUCCCGCCCGUUGCAGCCGUCACAGCGGCCUUUUCAAUCUUAUUAGUUCUAUCCUUGUGCCUUCGCAAAAUCCGGCGUGAACGUACAGUCCCUGCCGACUCCAAGCCUCCACACCGGUUCUCUUACUCCAUCCUCCGUCGUGCCACCUCCUCCUUUUCCACCUCUCGCCUCCUCGGUCAAGGCGGCUUUGGUUCCGUCUACCGCGCCACCAUCCCUAACAACCACCACCCCAACAAAAACGACAAUCAAACCGUCGCCGUCAAGAUGAUGGACGCCGGUUCCCUCCAAGGAGAACGCGAGUUCCAAAACGAGCUCUUCUUCGGUUCAAAACUAGACUCUUCCCUCGUCGUCUCAGUCCUCGGCUUCUCUUACGAACGAAAGCGACGCCGCAUGCUCCUGGUUUACGAGCUCAUGCCUAACGGCAAUCUACAAGACGCCUUGCUUCAUCGAAAAUGUCCAGAAUUAAUGAACUGGAAACAAAGGUUUUCGAUUGCUGUUGAUAUUGCCAAGGGACUUGAAUAUCUCCACGGAUUGGAUCCUCCGGUAAUUCACGGAGACAUUAAGCCUAGUAACAUUUUGUUGGAUCAGUAUUUUUCAGCCAAAAUUGCGGAUUUUGGAUUAGCAAGGUUGAAAUCAGAGGAAAUUAAAAUUGAAAUAGUUGAGGAUAAUGGAUCUGUUGCAGAAACUGAGAGUGUGGCUACAGGAACUGAGGAGUUCAAUUUGGCGGUUGAUCAAUCGCCGGGUUCGGUUAUGGAAUCGCCGGAAAAUGCGGAGGUUGUUACAGUUGCAGUUUCUCCAGAGACAGUGGGGGUGGCAGUUGCGAUCUCUCCUGAAAUGAUGGAGAAGGGGAGUGUUUCGGAGGGGAAUUUCGAUAGGGCUAGUGUGGAGAGUGGAAAAGAAUUGAUGAGUGGAGGGAAGCAGUGUGGGAAAGGGAUGAGGAAUGGUUCCGGUAGGGAUUGGUGGUGGAAGCAAGAUACCGGGGCGGUGACGGAGAAUGGGAAAGUGAAGGAUUAUGUGAUGGAAUGGAUUGGGACUGAGAUUAAGAAGGAGAGACCUAGUAGUGAUUGGAUUGCUUCGGUGGCUUCUUCGAGUAGUGAAACGAAUGCCAAAUUGGAGAAGAAUAAGAAGAAGGGUACAAAACGAUUGGAAUGGUGGGUGUCAAUGGAGGAAGAUAAGGAAAAGAAUGUAAAGAAGGAGAAGAGGAGACCGGCAAGGGAGUGGUGGAAAGAGGAGUACUGCGAAGAGCUUGCGAAAAAGAAUAAAAAGAAGAAGAAGAAGAAGAGACAGUUGGGGAUGUACGAUAGUGAUGAUAUUGUUGGUGGGGAGAAUUGGUCGCCAGUUGAUGACGAAUUGUAUACAGAGAGCAAGAAGAAGAAGAGUAAAAGAAGUAGGAGUAAAGGUAGCUUUGGAAGUGUGGAUUGGUUAUGGGAUGGGCUUAGUGGUGAAUUAUGGAGAGCUCGCCGGAACAGUAAUGAUUCAUUCAGUGGGGAGAUUCCUAAGAGUGGUGGUAUUAGCAGUACGCCCAGUAUGAGAGGAACCGUUUGCUACGUUGCUCCUGAAUACGGUGGCGGCGGGGAUCUAUCAGAGAAGUGUGAUGUUUAUAGUUUUGGGGUUCUACUGUUGGUUUUGAUAGCAGGGAGGCGACCCCUGCAGGUUACAGGCUCACCUAUGUCGGAGUUUCAGCGGGCCAAUCUGAUUUCUUGGGCGCGGCAUCUUGGGCGAACAGGAAAGCUGAUUGAUUUGGUUGACCAGAGUAUACAGUCUCCGAACAGGGAACAGGCUCUUUUGUGUAUCACAGUUGCGUUGCUUUGUUUGCAAAAAUCACCUGCUUGCCGGCCUUCCAUGAAGGAGGUUGUGGGCAUGCUCACUGGUGAGGCAGAGCCGCCUCAACUACCAACCGAAUUUUCCCCAUCACCGCCAUCACGAUACCCAUUUAAGUCUCGUAAGAAGGUCCGGUGAGUUUUUAGUGCCCAGCGGUAAAUUUUCUUCAAACAGUAGCUUGGUUGCCGUAGAUCAUUGUUUAAUCAUCUUUGUGGAUGCUCAUGGUAAAGAAAUCUUAGUAAUUUUGUUUUCCAUCUAAAAUCCAAUGGUUUUCAAUUCCUUACCACUUGCUCUUUUGUUGAUGUUACUGCUAUGGCCUACAAAUUCAUAUUAAUACAUUACAAAAUAUUGUUGCCUUUCUGUAUCAAAAUUGUGAAGAUGCAAAUCAAGACACUGAUCCCUCAAAUUUUCUCUCUAAAGUUUCUCACAUGCCAUUAGUAUCUGGUUUUGUUUAUAAUGAUAACUUGUAUUUUUACUGAUGGGACCAUCAUGUGACAAUUUCAUCCGUUUUCUUUGAUCUAAACAAGUUGCUCUCUGCUUUUUUAUCUUUUCAACUUUUUGGCUUUUAAGUUUCUUGCUGCUCCACCACUUGUAAGUUACGGACCUUUUCACCGUACCGUGUUUGAGUUGCGUUCAGCUAGCUAACCUCCAGUACUUGUCCUAUUAACAAUCCUCAAUGCACUAUUAAGGCCUGGCUGAAGCUGACCACUCACACAUGGAAUGAACACCACUGAAGUUCAUGUGUGAACAGUUCUAACAGCUGCAUUGAAGAUGAUUGGUUGGAAAUAUGAAGGGGAUCUAACCUUUAUCAUUCAUGGUUCAGACUUAUAUCGAGCAAUGCCUGCUUUGACCGUUGGAGAUUAAAGAAAAAAAACUGCAAAUUGCAUAAAAAUUGCCAACAUGCUUGCAAUGUAACAGUAAAAUGAAUGGGAUUUAUUUUAGGCAAUCAAUACAAGCGUUGGCAUUAGUUUCAGUUCUAUUCAGCAAGAAAAAAACUGACGCUUGAAUUAGAGGAUGGUGAAGGAAGGGUACUCGUCCCUUCCAAAUUUAGGUUGGCUGGUUCAAAAAGUUGGCAUAUUCA